AUGAGGGUAUACUAUGAAGUGGAGCAUUGCUCUCAGACAUCUUUACAUGUGGCAGAGGUUCAGGCUCUCCAGGCCUCUCAAAAGCAAGAAAUCGAGGAACUCUACAAACAGAUGGGUAAAGUGCCCCCUCCUGGAAUCGUGUCUCCAGCGGCCAUGUUGUCCAGCCGCCAGCGUCGUCUGUCUAAAAGUGGAGGGUACCCAAGCUCUCGCCGAAAUAGCCUGCAGAGACUAGACUUACUGCCCCCUACAGGUACCAUAGGGAUCAUGUGUAAGAACUCAGUGAGUGGCAGCAGCAGUGGGUCACAGGAAAAGGCCAGUAAAGGAGUGACCUUUGCCUCUGAUUUUCCAAGAAUUUGAUUUCUUUUUCUAAGGAGCCCUUUGGCCUUUGUCCUGCUCUCCUUAUGGGCUGAAGUGACACCAUUGCUUCCUCGUGCAACUGCUGAUGUGUGUGAGCACAUGUUUGUGAUGUCAGGAAAGGAGUGUGUGUUCUUCACAGACUGUGAUGUGAAUAUUUUUAACCAGUAUACCUCUGCUCAGUAUUCUAAGGAUGAUUUACUUACCUAGUGAGCUUUCUGAAGAGACAGGGCACUUGGAAGCA